AUGAAUUCACCUAGCACUCCAAAUAAAAUAAUCAAUAAUUAAUAUGUCUUAAACAAAAGAUUAUCAGCAGGAUCAUAUGGAAUUGUUUUUGAAGCUGAAGAUUUAUAAAAAAAAUAUCUGGUUGCUGUUAAAAUAGAGAAAAAAGAGAAAAAUUCAACACUUGAUCGUGAAAUACAUAUUCUUACAAGAUUGUUAGGUACAUAAGGAGUUCCAAAAUUAAUAUGGAGUGGAAUAGAUAAUAAUUCAAAUGUGCUUGUUUAAUAACUAUUAACAAAGGAUAUUGGAGCAUAUUUAAAAGAAUAUCGAAAAUUUUCAUUAAAAACUGUUUUAAUCAUAACAGAUUACUUAUUAUAAAUAAUAAGAAGAAUUCAUAACAAAUCAGUUGUUCAUAGAGAUUUAAAACCAGAAAAUAUAAUGUAUCAUUAGAAACAAAUAUAUAUUGUUGAUUUUGGGAUAAGCAAACUUUAUCGUGAUAAUAACUUAAAACAUGUGUAAAAAAUUGUAUAUUGAAUGAAAUAGUCCAUUUAAAGAGGGUAGAUCAUUUGUUGGAACCACUAGAUAUGCUUCAAUAGCAGCUCAUAAAGGAUAAGAAUUAGGGAGAAAAGAUGAUCUUGAAUCAUUAAUAUAUAUAGAUAUUCUUAUGUUAAAAGGGUAAUAUAUCUUAUUUAUUUAGAAUAAAGAACUUUACCAUGGUAGAACAUGCUUAGUUAAAAUAAUAAAGAAAGAUAAAAAUAAGUUGGUGAAAAGAAAAUUAAAAUGACUACUACAGAAAUUUGUGUAGAUUUACCUAUUGAAUUUACAAAAGCUUUAGAGUAAUCAUUUAUUUUAUUCUAAAGUUAUAUAAGAUCUUUGUAAUAUUAAAGUGAUCCAGAUUAUGAUUAUUUAAUUUAACUAUUUAGAAAAUUAGCUUAAUCUCGAAAAAUUGAAUAUGAUGAUGUAUAUGAUUGGACUUAACCAUCCAAUUAAUCUACACCUAAUAAUUUACUAUAAGACACUAUUAUUAAAUAAAUUGCUUCUUUACAAUAAUUCGAAAGAUCUCCUAAAGUUAUGUAAAACAAAUGGUAAUUAUUAUAUUAUACAAUUAUAGCUAAUCACUCAAAGUUCCUUCAACAUAAGAUGUAUUAUAGGAUAGAAAAAAAUCUCUUUAAAAUUCUUCAUAAUUAAUGUUAUAAUAAAAUGAAUUAAAUAAAUCCAUUUAAAACACUUAUGUCAUUAGCUAAAUUGCAAAUGAUUAUGAUUCAAAACAAGAUUAUUUUUCUUAAGAUGAUGUUGAUGAUACACUAUUCUACAGAUACAAUUAAUUAAAAUCUUAAGUCUUAUAAAUGUAUUUCUUAUUCUAUACUUAGACAUCAUUUGUAAAAUAUUAAAAACCAAAAUCAAACUAAUAAAAUAUAAAUCAGUUGA